AGGGAAAACACCAGCUAAGAUUCUUCGUCACUUUCCUUUGAAGCCAAGGCUACAGCGGUUGUAUAUGUGCUCUAAGACUGCAGAAAAUAUGAUAUGGCAUAAAAAGGUGUGUACGGAUGAUGGGGUAUUGAGACAUCCAGCUGAUUCUGAAGCUUGGAAGAAUUUUGAUGAUAAGAAUCCGUCAUUUGCCGCUGAAUCAAGGAAUAUCAGACUAGGUCUAGCAACUGAUGGUUUUAGUCCAUAUCACUCGAUGAGAAAUCCACAUAGCACAUGGCAUGUGAUGAUUAUACCAUACAAUUUACCUCCAUGGGAAUGCAUGAAGCAGCCUAACAUGAUUUUGUCUUUGCUUAUACCAGGCCCACAUAGUCCAGGAUGGAGGAUAAUCACCAGGAGCCGCGUGCAAAGAAAGCUCGAGGUAAAGGGAAGUUGGGGUUCCUAAAUGAUCUCAAAGAUGGAGACAAGGUUCAAGUGGAGUUGUACUGUGGAUGCCCUACCGGGGAAACCCGAAAACACCUGGGUCAUUACAUUGGGUUUUUAGCUAAAGAUGGCCGUAUGUUGCCAUUAUCAGUAUCCUACUGGAAAUAUAUGGCUCCUGCUCGAAUUGAGGCAGCAACGCAAGAAAUUAAGCAUAUAUUUGAAUACCCGGAAAUACUUGAUGACAAAAUCAUCAACAAACUGAAUUUAUCCUGGAAGGCACACAAAAGUAACAUGAAAAAACAAGGAUUCGACGUAAAUAGAACUCGGGAAGAAAAUCUUGCUCACCGACCUGAAGGUGUUGUGGGAAGUCAGUGGGCUCCCUUGGUUGAAAUGUGGGAAUCAGAGGAAAACCAAAAAAUAGCUGCUAAGAAUGAAGAAAACAGAGCCAAACAAAUUGUCCAUCACACUGGUGGCUCUAAGCCACAUAUGGAGUAUGCGAAAGAGUUGGAAGCAAAACUAGGGAAAUUCCCUGAACGGCUUGACAUAUUUGAGGUGACACGUUCAAAGAGAAGCAAAACAUCAGACCCAUCAGAAGCAGUGAUGGAUCCUGUUGCAGCUGAGCAAUAUGCUAGGAUGGUGGAAAUCCAGAAGCAGGCUAACCAACCAGGUUCAGGAGUCGUUUUAUCUGGGCGUAGUGAUGCAGUUUCUGCUGUGUUGGGACCUGACAAACGAGGUCGGGUUCGUUGUCUUGGUACCGUGAAACCAAAAGAAUUCUGGGGUGAUGACGCAUCACUCAGUAAGGCUGCGGAGUUACAAAGUGAAAAUGACAGGCUUAGACAGGCUUUGACAGCUACCAAAGAAGAUUUUGAAAUGGCUACGAAAAGAAUUUUUGGAACUGGAGACACAAUUUUCUGCAUUGAUAAAGCUGGUGAUGUCAAGGGGACAACUGCAACCAAACCUGAACAGCGAAGGACUUGAUCAGAUGUUAAGGGAACAACUGCAACCAAACCCGAACAACGAAGGACUUGAUCAGGUAUUAUGCAUUACUACUUUACUAAUUGUUCCAAAUAAAUUAAAGUGGAUGCGGCUCUCUUUUACUGCAUAAUAAGUUUGGAACGGUUUGGAGCUGUGUAGACCUAACUAGUACAAAAUGGAUUUCUUGGAUGCUAUGGAAUGGAACUAAUGCGCAGGGACAAGAAAGCUGUGGAAGCAUCAAAUGAUUUAUAACCAAAAGCAAAAGGGCACUCAUCAAAUGAAUCACCACUAAUUGCAGUAAAGUAGAUAUAUACACUUUUUUUUGCUGUGGAUAAGUAUAUAUACACCAUCUAAUGUCUUAGAAUGUAAAGAGUUUCAGAAGUUUCAGCUCUUAACUUGUGUA